GUCAGCACGACACGUGGAAACCCAGAGGCGCAGCCAAAUGCCAGCUGGUUGUCGUCGCAGCGCCAUUACAAGAAUGCGCUGUUGCAUUUGUUGACGCUGGAGUCGUUCUACCCAAGUGAUGUGGCCAUGCUGAACAUGUUCCGUGCCCAGGGCGACUUUUCGAAGUGACCAGAUCGACGCACACAGUGCAGCCCUGCUGUCUUGGGCGCGAAGCUGGCUGCGCUACAACCGCAACGCAGUCCUGCGGAGCACGCUGGAGAACAAGGCCAAGGCUUCGUUGACCCAGUUGGCAGAGACACUGCAGCACGACAUGCACGCAGAGACUGACUUUACUACGCCUAAAAACCUACGCAGGUGUGCGCUGUUGCGGCUUAUAUAUUUCCAGUGGCAGUCGCUGAACAAGCUCGGCACAAAGAGCCAGUCGAUGUAUCGUGAUUACGAGAACAGACUGCGCGAAAUAGAGGCUCUGCCGACGGAAAAGGAGCAGGAGGCCGAGUGGCAAAGCAUUUUUCUUCCAAAUCACCAAUGGACCUUCCCCGACGCCAGUCAUUGGAUUGGCAGCCUGUAUCAUCAGUACAGUUUGCAUCGCCUCCACAACAGCAGCAGCAGCAGCAACAACAACAACAACAUCACAUCCCAAAUCCCACAUCCCCAUCAUCGCCAGCAACAGCAGCAGCAUCCAUCAGGCCUUCAUCCGCGGUAUUACGCUGGUGUACCACCGUCUGCGCAACCCUCGCGCAUACUGCCACCACCCUCUCAGGUGUACCAUCGAACACCGACGCCUAUGCAGCAGCGGCCACAUGGCACCCACGAACAUGAGGCGCAGCGGGAUGACGACAGCGAGAUGUCUGUUAAUCUGUCACCGGAAGCCCUAAUGGGCCCACAUGAACACCUAGAGCAAAUAGUGUAUGCCACCGGACAGAGAGGUGCGACAAACACAGCAACCAACAAAAGCAGCUACCGCCGGGCACACAAGGUGAUGCAUAUACCGCACAUCAUCACCCGCAUACAGUAGCUUAUAUUACAACUAGCCACUGACUUUUUAUUUAUACCUUUUUAUUCAAGACCCUGAUUUAUUACAUGGCAAAAUACACACUCCAUACAUUCGGUAGAAACAAUCGUUAGUUCAUAAACACCAGCUCUGGCUCGUCGUUCUCGACGGGCGUAUAUGGGGGCGGCUCGCAAGGCUCCACAUCCUGCGCGUACAUGGACCGC